CGCGAUUUAAAUUUUCAACUGCAUUCAUCAUGUCGGAUGUGGAAAGUUCGUUUGAAAUUGAAGAAUGGCUUCAGGAAAUAUUAGGGAAAGGGGAUUAUUUAUAUGAAGCUAAUAAUCGAAGUUUGUGUCUACUGAAGCAACUGAUGUGUAUAAACAAAAUUUCAAAGAAAAAUGAUGUGUUAAGAUUAUCCGAUUUACAUGACAAAACCAUGGAAUACCGACAAGAAAUGUUCUCUUACAAGGCAGCCACAGAAUAUCUGGGAAUCGUUCCUGCUCUGCUAAACACGUCUGGCUUUAGUAAUCUGAAAAUAUUGACAACACUUGCCCAGAAACUGUUUUCCAAUCAAAUUAAUGAUAAUUUCAGUGACAAUUGUUACAUGAUGGCAUUAAUGUAUUUGCACCAAAAAUUUGCUCUCUUGAAAAAUGAUGGCAUUGCUUCCAAGCAAAGCCUUUUCGACUUGAAUUCCUCGACCAGUGGCCAAAUUGAUAACGAACAACUCAUAGAAACAACUGACUGUUUACGUAAAAGAAUGACCUCUUCUAAAUUAGAAGAAGAGAUGAAAAUGAGUAAAUAUUUUGCGUCAAAGAACAAUUCCUAUAAGAAUCGCUUUAAUCAAGAGAACAAGAAAUUAACUGAAACCGGCGUUAAAUCUUAUCUACAUCAUGGACAUUUAGAGAAAAAUUCUCAGGAGGUAUCCAAAUUGCAGAGAUUAACUUCCACAAUUCAAACGAAAUUGUCAGUCUAUGAAAAAUUGCCUGCAAGUUUUAAUUUAUUGAACAUAACAUUAGCUGAAAAACAAGCUGAGAAGGCAUGCUUGGAAGAAAAAUUAAAUCUGCUUUUUAAACAAGUUGACAUCUCUGAUGAACUGAAAUAAUAACUAAGAUUAUCAAAUUAUGAGAUUGUUGUGCUAAAAUAGUCUCAUCAUCCUCAUUUUUUUUUCCAUGCUUCCAUGGGUUGAAUACGUUUUCUUGGGUUUGGCUGUAAGGUGAAGAAAUUUCUUUCCCAACUACCUGGGUUCAGGUUUAGUUUCACUGAAUGGCACCUCAGGCAAAUAUCUCCUACUAUAGCCCCAAGCUGACCAAAUCUGUGUCAGUCACAGAGUAUGAUAAGUAGCACAUUUUGUUGGAUAUUUUCAGCAUUUCAGUGACUAUCCCUAAUGUUUCUGCUUUCAACUUCAAUAAUGGGUGCCUCAUGUUAAUAAUGAUGUCUGUUACUUUUAACUGCAACAAACAUAGUAAUAUUACUGAUAUUGUAUAGACUAAAAAAAACGAUUGUUUUGAAAUUAAUAAAAAAAAAUUUGAAAUAUUGAUUGCAGUUAUACAGACAAAAAUAAAGAAAAAGGGAACAAUAUUCUCACAGCUGAGACUGAAAAUUUGAAGCAUUAUCAGAAAAAUUUAGUUGGUAAGAACACUGAAAUGAUAGAAAUAUUCUAUUAAAGGCCUCAUGCAUAGAAAUGACAUGGUGCCAAAAAUGUAAUAGAUAACAGAAUUGGUUUAACAAAGUACAUAAUAUUCUAAGUAACCAAUUUUAACUCCAGGACCCCUCCUGACACAUCUUGUGUUCACAGUUGUCAACUACAUAUAGUAUCCAUCCUAUUGCAGUCACUUCCAAGGAUACACCUUGUUAAUGAGCUUUAAACUGUUGGCCACUGAUAACUCAGAAAUUUCACAACUGUGAUCCUUGUUAUCCCCAGCAAGAUUAUCUCCUAUUCCAUGUACUAUCAUGUAUUUAUAGCAAGUAACCAUGAACAACACAUACUGAUAUGUAACUUGAUACCACCAAAUGAAAUAGUAACUGAUGUUGCUGAAUUGCCAUUCUCCGUGGAGUACCAAUUGACACUAACAUCCAUCCUAUCAACUGCAUGGAGCAAAAAUGCAAGAAUUGCUGUUGUGGACUAGCUGAACUGACCAAUGGAGGCCUAAAUAUUGCCACUGUGAAACCAUUUUAAAUUCUCUCCACUCUGACUCCAUACUUAUGAGGACAUGCAUGUUUUCUACAUCCAUGACUUUUUAAAGAAAAGUUGAGUCAACAUGUUAUUAAAUACAUAAAACUACAACAA